UCCGAGUGGCAGACCGAGAUCUCAUCUCGUCUCGUCGCCUCGUGUCCUCCUCCCUCCAUAUUCUUCCCCAAAACAGCCAAACCGAAAAAGAUUCCCCGUCCACGCCUCUCCGAACCCUAACCCCGCCGAUUCCCAUGGCCACCCACCCGCGAUCUCCCCACGCCCUCCUCGGCGGCGGCGCAGUCGCCGACGUGCUGCUGUGGCGGCGGAGGAACGCGUCGGCGGCGGCCGUGGUGGGCGCCACGGCGGUGUGGUUCGUCUUCGAGCGCGCGGGCUACAGCUUCCCGUCGGUCCUGGCCAACGCACUGCUCCUACUUGUCGCCAUCCUCUUCUUCUGGGCCAAGUCCGCAUCGCUGCUCAACAGGCCUCUUCCACCUCUUCCUAAUCUAGAGGUUUCAGAUGUGGUUGUCGAGAAAGCUGCAGAUCAUGCUCUUGUAUGGAUCAACAGGGUGUUGGCUGUUGGCCAUGAUAUUGCCAUCAAGAGAGAUAGGAAAGUUUUUAUACAGGUGAUAUUGAUUUUGUGGGUGGUCUCAUACAUUGGAAUGCUCUUCAACUUCCUUACGCUCAUUUACAUUGGGGUAAUGCUUUCUCUGUUGGUUCCACCAUUGUAUGAGAAGUACCAAGAUCGUGUUGAUGAAAAGGUUGGUGUAGCACACAGUGUACUAUCAAGGCACUUAGAUUCCAUCAUUAGCAGGACUGGGCAAUCAACCAAGCAAAAGAAGACUGAGUAAAAGAAAUAUUUUGCCGUAUUUGGAACAUCUCUGGUUGUCCGGAGCAGUUGGCCAUGGGUCUUUCAUCCUUGACUAUUCAUACUUGUGUGAACCUCCACUAAAAUUAGUUUUCAAUAUGCAAGAUUAAACAUACCAUGAUUGACUGCUGAUAUGAGGUUUUGAUGUACGCUGUUCUAUCUGAGAAAUGGAAUGAUCUGUGUAUUUUUUUCACUAAGAACCUGAAACAUGCUGAGGUUUACAAUAGGUGCUUAUCUUAUUGGCGAUGCCAUAUCUUUCUAUGUGAGAUAUUGCAGCUUGCAGCACAUACAGAUGUUUGGGAUA